CUCCCUUCUCAGGUUAGUGUCUGAGCAGAACAGUGUGACCCAAACAGGAGUCUGUGUGGAAUCUGUGCGCAUCUUUUGUGAGGGGCCGAGUGAGACAAAUGUGAUGAGAUAGAAAGGGCAUGGGGACUGUGACACCAGUGGGCUGCCCAGGACCCAAGCUCCAGAGAAGCGUCCGUCAUGGUCCGCAUAAAGGUAGGUCUCUUGGCUUGACUCCCAGUUCUCAUGACCCCGGGGUGGCCAGGACACUUCCUGUCCCCAGUCCUCUGCCUCCAUCAUGGUACCAGCCAUACCUCGUGUGUCCUUCUGGCCCAUAGCUCCUGAGCACCUUCACACUGUUCAUCCCCAACUAUGUCCAAAUCCAGCACAGAGGAAAGACCACAGACACCUGAAUGACAGGCCUAGGGACCAGUGUUGAGGUGCCUCUUGCCCCUGGUACAGGGCACAAAGAGCUAGACCAUCUGCCUGGGCUCUCUGGGGUCAGCAGGGACCCGUGGGCUCCAGAAGUCCCCAGACCCCAGGUGCUUUCAGGUUGGAUGAGGCCCUGAACCAGACUCUGUGCAAGGCAGGGCCCAGGCUGCACAGAGCUUCUGAGGACACAUGCCCUGUCUCCACCACGUGGGUCAAAACCUACCUGGCGAAGGGCUCUGGGCAAAUCUCUAACACCUCUGAAGUCAAGAUCAGUCUAGAUGCCCAUUAUAAAGAACUUAGAGAUGACAGUGAAAUAAAUACCUGUCACUGUCCCCAGCCAUGUUUGUGUAGGCUGCAGGGCCAAGUCAGCAAACAUAGCAUGUCCGGGAGCCUCCCCAUGAAAGCUCUGGGGACUCCCCCAGGAAGAUCGCCCACUGCCCAGCUCCUUCCUGUCCCCCUGGUGGCCCCUGGCUCCUUCCUUCUGGACAGGGGCCCAAGCCUUAGGAGCAUAUAAGGGGCAGAUGAAGGACACCCGGCACAAGUCUCCAGGACAGACUCUCCUAGUCAGUCAGAGCCUUGGACUCGAGACCAGAAGUCAUGCUGCUACUGCUGACUCUUGCUCUCCUGGGGAGCACUAGCAGCCUGCCAAGGAAGUUCUAUGGAUCUACGUGCGGCACCUACUUCUGUACCACCUCAUCCAGUGGCGAUGACCUGAAGGGGCUUCGGAUAUCCAGAAAUGCUGUGGGCCGGCUUUUAAACAUCCAGGCAAAAUAUGGGAACUGCUGGGGUCCCAUGUACGGUGUUCGAGGUGGGAACAGCCUACAGUUCGAGCUGUGGUCUGAUGAAUUCAUCACCUCCAUCCAAGGCUCGAGCCUAGUGAAUGUGCGGAAUGUGAUUGUGACGACCGACGAGGGACGUAAUUACUGGUUUGGGAAGACCGUCGGAGAGGAGUUUUCUGACUUCCCCUACAAAAGAGGCCAGGUGCUCAAGGGCAUCUGUGGCUUUUAUGACCUCGCUGGCAUAAAGAACCUUGGCUUUGAGUGGGGUGAUCCCCAAGUGAACUCAACCAAUACACAAUGUUACAACCAAUAACCAAACUGAAGACGCUCCUCCCGGGCCCUGUGCAGAUCACCUGGCCACCCAGCUGAGGCUGUCGGGUGGAGGUGUUGCCGGGACUGGGGUAACUGGGUUGGCUCUUUGCGUCUGAUUCCUCCAAUAAAUAAACCU